AUGCUUUAUUUUUGUACUUUUCUAUUUCCUAUUCGUACAUAUAUCUAUAUCCGUCUUUUCUUCUUCCUCUUUAAUUUGACAGCCUGCCUUCUCUCUAUCAUUUUCAUUUUCUCUCUUUUCCCAUCAGACUCUCUCAUCACAAUUUUAUUUUUGUAUCUCUUUCUUUCUUUCUUUCUUUCUUUCUUUUUUGUUUCUUUCUUUUUUUCUACUUUUCUUUCUUUCUACUUUUCUUUCUUUCUUUUUUUCUUUAUUUUAUUUAUCAAUGUUAUUCACAUCUAUCUAUCUAUCUAUCUAUCUAUCUAUCUAUCUGUCUGUCUGUCUGUCUGUUCCUUCUGUCUAUACUUACACACUGAUUCUCUCUCUCUCUCUCUCUCUCUCUCUCUAUCUAUCUAUCUACUUGAGUCAUUUGAAAUAUAUGUUAAUCAUUUCAUAUCUAUCUAUCUGUCUAUCUUACUGUUAAUUUCGGGUUCGCUGAUUCUCUCUGUAUCAUAUAUUCUGCUCACACCUCACACCUCACAUCUUUCUUUCUUUUUUCUUUCUUUUUCUUUCUUUCUUUCUUUCUUUCUAUCUAUCUAUCUAUCUAUCUAUCUAUCUAUCUAUCUAUCUGUUUCAUGCAGUCUUUAUUUACUCUCUCUUUAUCUCUCUCUCUCUCUCUCUGUAUAUUUAUCUAUAUAUUUGUGUGUGCCGUAG